AUGAAUUCCUCAGGAUAUGCACCGGUAGUUGGGCUAACUCAGGAUGGUGGAUUUCCAUCACUGGAUUCCCAGCAGAAAACGUAUGUCAUGCCUGUAGAGAUUAAAGAGGAAGGAGGAAGGGGUCUUACUUACGAGCAUAACAUGGAGAAGGUCCCCACCAUCUAUGAUCUUCAGUGUACUGUCAUGAAGGAAGGAGAAAGUUUAGGAGAAAUGAUCCGAGCAGGGGAACGUAUUGAGAGAUGCAUGCAAAGAGGAAAUAUUAGCAUUAGCGUCCCGAUGCUUGAGAAACCAGAGUAUCAGAAGGGAGGGAAGAUGAAGAAGAAGGAAAACGAGGUGCAUACCGUUAAUUAUAGCAGCAAUCCCACUUAUGGGUCUCCCACUUCUGAUUACAGGCCGCGAAGCAAUGCUCCCAGGCUGUCUAGUUCAUAUAACCACCACCUAAACUCAAAUUCCUACCCGCCACCUCAGCAUUCUUAUCGACCACCUCAACAGACUUACCAACCACCUCAGCAAGCUUAUCGACCACCUCAGCAAAAUUACCAGCCACCUCAGCAAGCUUACCAACCACCCCGCCAAAAUUACCAAAACUUUGAAAAUAACCCUAGACCCCGAAGGCAGAUAGAGCAGUUCGCUCCGAUACCCAUGACUUAUGCCCAGUGUUAUGACAAGUUAUUGUCUAAUUCAGCUAUUGCACCUAUCCCGGGAGGAGGACCCCAGAAUCCACCUUAUCCUCAUUGGAAGCCCGAUGUGACCACUAACCCUUUGCCGGAUCAUGGCAAUGGAGGUACCAAUGCUGUUGAGGGUUCAGGUGAGUUUAGGAGGAAAAUUGCAGAGGUAACUAUGUCUUUGAGUUUGGUGUUGGGUGCUUUGGAAAAUGAAGGACUUAUUAAAAGAGAGGAGUUGGACUUGACGUUGAGAUACGAUGGUUAUGAUGAGUUGAAGACUUCAAAGGUGCAGGAUUUGAUUGAUAGCAAAAAAGUAGUAUUUGGUGUGAAGUCAGGGUGCCUGAAUGCAGUCAAUGUUAUUGGGGAUGAAUUUUAUAAAGGACCAAGGCCUGGUGGGAGGACGAAGCCAAUUGUUUUGCAGUACUUUUUAGAAGAUCAACCGUUUGUCAAAAGUCCACAUCCUUCAAAGCCUUCUUACGUGAAUGAUAAGGCUGUUCCGUGGGUAUAUGAGAAAAAUGAUCUUGAGGUUGCCGUGGAUAACAUCUCAGGGGUGAGUAGGAUAACCCGAACUGGACGGGUUUAUUCUCGCGAGGAGUCAGAUGACCCAAUGUCAGGAGCAGAAGCUGAAAGGAAAAGGAAGGGAAAGGACGUUGAGUUUCUGAAGAUUAUCCGUCAAAGCGAGUAUAUGAUUGUAGACCAGUUGAAAAAGACCCCGACAAAGAUUUCCAUCUUAGAAUUAAUCAUGAGUUCGGAGCCACACCGUAAAGUGUUGUUGAGAAUGUUGAAUCAAGCCUAUGUGUCAGAAAAGAUACCGACAGAAUCUUUUGACGGGAUUGUCGGAAAUGUGCUCGCAACUCACUUAUUAUCAUUUACUGAAGAGGAGAUUCCAGAUGAGGGGAUGGGCCAUAACAAAGCGUUGCAUAUUUCGGCCAUGUGUAGGGGUUUUGAAGUGGAGAUAAUGGGGGAGAUCGAGGUCCCUUUGGAGAUCGCAAAUGUUACAUUCAAUGUCCCCUUUAUGGUGAUGGAUAUAUCGCCGACUUACAGUUGCCUAUUAGGUAGGCCAUGGAUCCAUACUGCUGGUGCUGUACCAUCGUCUUUACAUCAGAAUCUCAAAUUUGCUCACGGAGGAAGAGUCUACUGA